AUGGUGGCCAAAACAGCAGCCAAGGCUCAAUCAUCCAUCGUGACUGUGGAUGCUUUGCAGAAGGAAACAAUCACUGAGGUCGCUUACAAAUUUUGGGCACCUUUCUCAAAAACUCAUGCUGCCUACUCAGCUCCAUUGGUUGACACAAUUUACCAGCAUGAAAUGAUCGCGACGCAUUUUAAUCCGCGAAAAAUCAUUAUGCUAGAGUUCAGUCAGUAUCUCGAAUGCUACCUGUGGCCCAACUAUACCGAAGAAGCUAGUGUUGCGCACGUUAUGUCGAUACUGAUUAUGCUCAAUGAGAAGUUUCGGGAGCGCAUAGACGCAUGGCAGUGUUUCAUCAAGAAGCCUGAACACUUUCCUGGAUUCAUUCAUCGGGUAUUGAAGUUAUCGCUUGACGAAACUUCACGAAGUAGCGCCGAACAGUGUGCAAUCAUCACUUUCCUCGUGAAUAGUUUCAACUCUGUGGAAGUGGAUAUUGUUCGGGAGCAGAUGAAUAAGCUUACCCACAUGUCAAUCUGGACGAAUUUGCUGCCGAGUCAAAGAGAUGACAUGUUUGGAGGCAGCAAGAAGCUGCGAAAAUAUUGGGCGCACCUGUCUCAAAAGCUUGCCGCGCAAGAUGCGGAGGACACUGAAGAAUCACGCAAAGCGCAGUUUGAGCGAAAUUACCUGUGGAACCUAAUUGCUCGAUUCAAACGCACUCUUGAUCGAGUGGACGAUGAAUCAAAAGAAGUUGAUUUGGAGGAUAUUCGAUAUUGUGAAAGGUUUAUCGAGCUUGUCAUCGAUCUCGAGGCCCUUCUUCCCACAAGGAGGUUUUUCAAUGCACUUUUGCAUUCUUCGAAGUUAAUAACCCAUUGCGUGCUUUCGAAACUGAUCUCGUCUGAAGCGGGCUCUCUGUUUUGUCAACUGGUCGAAAUGCUGAAAUUCUAUGCACGAUUCGAAAUCAACGACAUAACUGGUCAACAGCUGACCAAUAAGGAGGUUUCCGAUAGACAUUACGAGCACAUGGUGAAGUUGCAGAAAGCAGCCUUCAAAUAUUUCAGGGAAAGCAUGCCAGACUUCUACCUUUUGAGUGUAGGAAGUGUUGACUCGAGGAAAUCCUUGCUGAAGCAGUUUGGAUCAAUGAAAAAAUCCGAAAUUUACCGCUUUGCUGAGUACCUACAUCUCGUUCCACCAAUGGAUAGCGAAGAGUCACAACUGGAAGCGUAUUCCAAGGAGUUUUUAACGGAGACCAUCACCCUUCACUGUGAACGACGAGUAAAUCAACUGCAGCAACUCAACGAACAGCCCUUGUAUCCAACCGAACAGGUUAUCUGGGAUGAGAAUGUUGUACCAUAUGAAAACUACUCCGGCGAAGGCGUCCUAGCCUUGAACAAGCUGAAUCUGCAGUUUUUGACGCUGCAUGACUACCUGUUGAGAAACUUCAACCUUUUUCAGCUUGAAUCAACUUAUGAAAUCCGGCAAGAUUUGGAAGAUGUGCUGUUCAGAAUGAAGCCAUGGCGACAUGAGAGCCGAAAUGAAACUGUGUGGGGUGGAUGGGCUCGAAUGGCUCUACUUUUGGAUUCAUUUCAGAUUGUUGAAGUUGGAAAACCAUUCGUCGGCGACAAAAGUCCAUCUGUAGUAAAAGGAGAAUUUGCUGUCAACGUGGGAAGACGGGUCGACAUCAGACAAGAAUGGGAAAGUCUCAGGAAACACGAUGUGUGCUUUUUGGUCACUUGUCGAUCGACUCAACCUGUUGGUACAAAGUAUGACGUCAGAAAGCCAUUCAAGGAUCAGAUGCAGGUGACGUAUGUUCGUGGAUGUGAAAUAGAAGGAAUGCUGGGGCAAGAUGGACAAGUUAUAGAAGAGUUUGAAUCGUACGAAAAGAAACCACAAGUACAAGGCGACAUAAGAAAGUUCCGUGUUUUUAUGGAUCCAAAUCAAUACAGGAUUGAUAUGGAAAACAGAGUAGAAAAAGGAGCAGAGGACGUAUACUACACUUUCAACUUGGUAAUAAGACGUGAUCCGAAGACCAAUAAUUUCAAAGCUGUUCUUGCUACUAUGCGACAGUUACUGAAUACCGAAUGUGUAGUACCGGACUGGUUGACUGACGUUGUAUUGGGGUAUGGUGAACCCGACUCGGCACACUACUCAAAAAUGAAUAACGUAGUACCCACUAUGGACUUCAAUGACACUUUUCUGUCGUUCGAACAUCUAAAGGAGUCCUUCCCUGGUUACCGAAUUGUUGCGAAGGCUGAAGAAGAGAAGAUGUUACCGCCAUUCCAGUUGACCUUCAAAGACCUCAUCCGUGGAGGAGAAGCAGAGGAUGAAAAAGUGAUUGAAGUAACGCCUCUGGUGCGAGAGUCCCGAACACCUUAUCCCAUUUUUCCCAACAAAAACAAAGUGAAAUUCACUCCUGCACAAAUUGAAGCAAUAAAAGCUGGUAUGCAGCCAGGCUUGACAAUGGUUGUGGGUCCUCCUGGUACGGGUAAGACUGACGUAGCAGUUCAAAUCAUUGCGAACAUCUACCACAAUUGGCCGCAGCAACGCACUCUGAUCGUUACGCAUUCCAAUCAAGCAUUGAAUCAGCUUUUUGAGAAAAUUAUUGAUUUGGAUGUUGACGAGAGACAUUUGCUGCGUAUGGGUCAUGGAGAAGAAGGCCUCGAAACGGAAAAGGACUUUUCUCGGUAUGGUCGUGUGAAUCAUGUCCUUAAGGAACGAUUGAGGUUGUUGUCCGAGGUGGAAAGACUACAAAAAGCGAUGAAUGUGUAUGGUGAUGUAUCGUACACUUGUGAAAAUGCUGGCCAUUUCUUCCGUUUCACGGUCUGCCGCGCAUGGGAUGAUUUUAUCGAACAAUGUAGCGUAGAAAAGGACGGAAUUGUUGCCGAGACGUUCCCAUUCACUGGAUACUUUUCUGAUAUCGAUCCUCUGUUUAGUGGCUCCUAUGCUGCUGAUAUGGAAACAGCGCGUUGCUGCUGGCGACAUAUAAACCACAUCUUUGAGCAGCUUGAAGAAUUCCGUGCUUUUGAGUUGUUGAGGAAUGGAAGAGACCGGACUGAAUAUCUAUUGGUGAAAGAGGCAAAGAUCAUUGCUAUGACAUGCACACAUGCUGCUUUGCGAAGAAAUGAACUGGUACAACUAGGUUUUCGCUAUGAUAACAUUCUUAUGGAAGAAGCCGCUCAAAUAUUAGAAGUAGAGACAUUUAUCCCUCUUCUGCUGCAGAAUCCACAAGAUGGGAGAAAUCGCUUGAAGAGAUGGUGCAUGAUAGGAGAUCACCAUCAACUGCCUCCUGUUGUUCAAAAUCAAGCUUUUCAAAAGUAUUCGAACAUGGAGCAGUCAUUGUUUGCUAGAUUUGUGCGGUUGGGUGUGCCAAAUAUCCAGCUAGAUAGGCAGGGAAGAGCUCGCUCAGAGAUUGCUGCUUUGUAUAGCUGGCGAUAUAAGGAACUUGGUAAUCUUCCCCAUGUGGAGGCCUUACCACAAUUCCAGGCAGCAAAUGCAGGCUUCGCAUUCAAUUAUCAGCUCAUUGAUGUGCCAGAUUUCAACGGGCAGGGAGAAUCACAGCCAAGUCCAUACUACUAUCAGAAUCUGGGUGAGGCUGAAUAUGCUGUUGCUUUGUUCACCUACAUGCGAAUAAUUGGAUAUCCUGCUGAUAAAAUAUCCAUCAUAACUACCUAUAACGGUCAAGCGCAGCUUAUUCGUGACGUAGUGGCACGAAGGUGUGCAAAUAAUCCGCUUAUAGGGGUUCCAGCAAAGAUCUCAACUGUUGACAAAUAUCAAGGCCAGCAGAAUGAUUACAUCAUCCUGUCACUUGUACGAACAUACAACAUUGGACACAUUAGGGAUGUUCGACGUUUGGUAGUAGCCCUCUCUCGUGCACGUCUUGGUUUGUAUGUUCUCUGCCGAGCUAAUCUCUUCAGAAAUUGCUUCGAACUUACGCCGGCUUUCAACAUCCUAUGCCAACGACCACCAAAACUGUUGAUUAUCCCAAGCGAGCCGUACCCUACGCAGAGAAAGUGCGGAGAACGUGCGGAAGGUGAACCGCUCUCAAUUGAGAAUACAGUCCACAUGUCCACAUUCGUACAUGACUUCUACAUGAGCAACAUGGAAACGAUGCGUGCUAAUUACGAAAGAGCCAUGGAGUUGUACAAGCAGCAGAUGAAGAUAAACCUCCCACAACCUGAGGAACCAGAAGAACCUGUUAUGUCUGAAGCUGAGCGAAAGAAGGAAGAAGAGAAAGCAAAUGAGGAGAAGGAACAAGAGCAGCAACAAGAAAGUGCCAUUACGUUUGAGAGUAUGGACUUUGAGAAGCUUGAAGAAGUUCCAAAAAUCUGAAUGUUCCCAGCAGAAUGUUGAUGAUCUCAAUGUAUUUAUUGCUCUUUUUGCGGUACCAUACCGUGUGUUGUUGAUUUCUCACACUUUGUUAUAAAUAUAACUUUUUUCUGUUGUUAUAGAUAAGAUUCUGUGUUCACUGUUUUUUUUUCUUGAAAAAAAGAACCUUGAAAGAGAACUCGAUAGAGUCACCCUUGUUUUUUUUGUUCAGCUCCAUUGUUUGAGAAUUUUGCGUGUAUAAUAGUUCUUUUCUAUCUGACUGGUGAUUGUUAACCAUUGUUGUAUGUUCCG